GAUAACUACAGAUUCCUAAUCAUUCCCUCAAUUCUAUAGGAAACACCCAUAAUUGCACCCAAGAAUAACCCUAUUCGUUAUGCAAAGAAAAGAAACUCAUAAGAAGCUAUUGAACUUCACUACUUUUCCUUCGAUCUUGCAAUAUAUCGUAUUUGAUUUUUAUUUUUUUUUCUCUUCCUAUAAUGGAUCCUUCAUGCAACCUUUCUGUCAAUGGCUUCUACAACUUGCUUACAAGAGAACUUGAUGAACUUGAUCAGAGUUUCCUAUCUCAUAACUUCAUCUCGAUUCAAUUCCUUUCGAAAGUUCUAUCCUCUCUCCAAUCAUUUUAUUCCCAGAUAACCACUCUGGUUCAAAAGCUUCACCUCCCCGUAGGAGAAAAGUGGCUUGACGAGUACAUGGAUGAAAGCUCCAGGCUCUGGGAAGCCUGUCAUGUGCUCAAAUCAGGUGUUUUAGGAAUGGAAAAUUAUCACUCUUCCGGCACCAAUAUAACAUCCUCUAUCGAUGGCUUUCAUCCCCAUUUGAAUGCACAGGUUUCACGUCAGGUUAUUCGUGCAAUCAUGGGUUGUCAAAGGGAAAUAAGAGGGUUGGAAGAGGAUAAUAAGAGCUUGAUAGAAACAAGAGUUGAAGCAUUAUCACUGCAGUUUGAAGGAAACAAAAGAAACAUGGUAAUGACUGAUCAAUCGAGCUGGUUCAACUCAUUCAAUGGGUUUCGAGGUGUUCUGUACGCAAUGAGGAUUGUCAACUCACUGCUCCUAAUGAUCCUGUUUGCUGGGCUAGUAUACUGUUGGCCUUCUUCUUGGCAAGAUGCAGCUGAUCAGUGUGAGGAGGCUGGUUCAGCCUUUAUGGCUUCAAUGGCAAGGUUGCAGCGAAGAGUAGCAAGUGAGAUGGAACAAAUUGGUGGGCAAUCAUCAGCUUCAGAAGGGAUCAUGCUUUAUGAGUUUAGGCAAGCCAAGAUUGCAAUGGAAGAGCUCAAAGUAGAGCUGGAGAGUACUGUUGUGGAUGAUCAGUAUGAAUUAGAAAUUGACAUUCAGGACAAAGUUGACAGAUUGAGGAGUUGCUUUGGAUUGUUGGCAUGUGGGGUUGAGUCCAUAAUUGGACAACUCGAUGAUUUCUUUGAUGAAAUAGUUGAAGGGAGAAAGAAGCUUUUGGGCAUGUGCACUCAUCAGCCUAGGUAGAGAAAAAGUACUUAAAGUGCAGCAGCUUUAAGCUAUAUUUGUUUAGUGUUUCAAGUAAAAAAAUAUAUAUAUAAAAGGAAAAAAAAACAUAUUUAGAUAAUAGCAUAAAACUAAAUUUAUUUUUAGAAUAGUUUUUGAAUAAAUUUUUAUUA